AAUCUCUCUCCCACUCUCUCUCUCUCUUCUUUCUCUCUCUACUGUAAAUUCUAUCCUUUGCAUUCUAUCCACCGUCGGGAAACGUGGGUCAAGCUCUCUCUUCAAAGUCGAUACUUUCGGCGAAUGGCGAGCUCGAGUCGCCUGAACGCUUCGAACCGUCGUGGCGGGCUCGCCGUUUCGGCCUCCUUCGCUUUGCUGUGAGCCUUGAAGUGUGAACUUUCCGGCGGCGGCGGCGGCGGCCAUGGACGUCUCUGAAGCUCUGCCUCGCCCCAACCUUCGCCACCUCUUCUCUCCCAACCCGUCUCCCCUGCUCUGCUCGUCUAUGUGCUGGCAUCCGCAAUAUGAGAAUGUUCUGGGACAUACUAUUCGCACAGGAAAUAACAGUUUCUGUAUGAGAUCAGCUAUAAUGCAUACAAGGAGAGGGAAGUCCUCUAUUACUUCUGAGAGCUACUGCAAGGUGGUUUGGACUGUCGAAGCGGAAGUAGCGGAUGAUCAACUUCUGUAUCUAGCUGGUGAUCUUAUGGAACUAGGCUGCUGGGAACCCCAAAUGGCAAUACCAAUGUCUCCAACUCAACACGCCAACUUAUGGAAGGUUGAAGUCAAGAUUGCCUGCGGGGUUAGUUUUAAGUAUAACUAUUUCAAGAAAGGAGCAUCGUGGCCUCCUUAUGAUACCAUUUGGCGGCCUGGGCCUGAAUUUUCUCUCGUCAUCCCUCAACAUUAUGAACAAGAUAAGAAUAUUGUGGUGAGGGAUUCAUGGAAGGAGCUCCAAACCGGAAGUAGGAUAUCCUCAGCUCAAUUAUGGGGCUCAUGGAUAGAGGAAAUUUACUUGCCAAUUGAGCCUUUGACAUCAGCAGUACCAAGAGAUGAAGAUGAAAUUGUCAGAUGCCUAGGAACUGAUCUACUAGAGGCAGGAAGAUCCUUAGAUGCAGAGGUCAAUAAUGAGAGUUACACCAAUAAUGAACACAUGAUAAGUGAUAAGCAGAAGGAUUAUGGUUCUGCUACAUUUAUCUCUGAAAGACAGCAAGCUAUCGAGGAGCCCUGGCUCAUCUCGACUCUUCCUAGUCAUAUAUCAAAGGACGUGGAUUUUGACAUACCUACAGAGAGUGGCAAUGGGGAAGAUGAGUUUACUCAAACAGAUUCUGAAAAUCAGCGUUAUCAAGAUGCUGGUGAGUUGUUGGCCGAAGAAGGAAAGCAUCUAGUUUCAGUUGAGGAUUCUAUUUCUACUGUUAUAUUAAUCAAUUCCUCAAUAUGCACAAUGCAAAGAAUUGCAGUAUUGGAAGAAGGGAAGCUAGUUGAGUUACUUCUGGAGCCUGUUAAAACUGAUGUACAAUGUGAUAGCGUGUAUCUAGGUAUUGUCAUGAAACUUGUUCCACAUAUGGGUGGUGCUUUUGUCAACAUCAGCAACUCGAGACACUCCCUUAUGGAUAUCAGGCAUAACAGAGAACCUUUUGUAUUUCCUCCAUUUCAUCAACAAAUGAGGAAAACAAAACCAAAUGGCUCAGAGAAUGGAGCUUUUGAAGGUCAUCCACUUAAUCACGGAGAUGUCCAUGCGUUAGAUAAUGUUGAAAGUAUUGAUGAUGUCACAGAGAUUUUGUCUCAGGCUUCAGGAAAAGCUGUGCAUGAUGACUAUGAGGAAAAUGAAUAUGAGGAUGAUUUUGAUGCUACGGAAACCUUGAAAGGAUUUUUGAAUGGUAGUCUGUUGCAUACAAAUGAAGUUGGUGUUGCUGCUGGUAUAGAGGACGAUGUUGGUGGAAUCAACAACAAUCAACAAGGUGAGUCUCUUAAGGGUUUUCUUCCUAUGGAAAUGGCAAUUGCCACUAACUCUGAGAGAUCUAAACUUAAAGAUGCAAAGGAUGCUACUCUUACAUCUGCUGGGGAUAAUAAGUGGAGUAAGGUCCGGAAGGGCACCAAAAUUAUUGUUCAAGUAGUCAAAGAAGGACUAGGCACAAAGGGUCCCAUGUUGACCGCAUAUCCUAAACUGAGGAGUAGAUUCUGGAUAUUGAUGACUCGGUGCGAUAGGAUUGGAGUGUCAAAAAAGAUUAGUGGGAUGGAACGUACUCGAUUAAAAGUCAUAGCAAAGACUUUGCAGCCCCAAGGUUUCGGUUUGACUGUGAGGACUGUUGCUGCUGGUCAUACUUUAGAGGAAUUGCAGAAGGAUUUGGAAGGUUUGCUUUCGACCUGGAAAAACAUAAUGGAACAUGCAAAAUCUGCUGCUCUUGCUUCAGAUGAAGGUGUUGAAGGAGCUGUUCCUUGCAUUUUGCAUAGGGCUAUGGGUCAAACACUCUCAGUUGUCCAGGACUAUUUUAACAAGAAGGUGACAAAAAUGGUGGUCGACUCUCCAAGAACUUUUCAUGAGGUUACCAACUAUCUUCAAGAAAUAGCUCCAGAUCUUUGUGACAGAGUUGAGUUAUAUGAUAAAAGAAUUCCUCUUUUUGAUGAAUUCAACAUCGAAGGGGAGAUUGAUAAUAUCCUGAAUAAAAGGGUUCCACUUGCUAAUGGAGGUUCCCUGGUUAUUGAACAAACUGAGGCUUUAGUCUCUAUUGAUGUGAAUGGCGGUCAUGGGAUGUUUGGACAGGGAAACUCGCAAGAAAAGGCAAUUCUUGAUGUAAACCUUGCAGCAGCUAGACAGAUUGCUAGGGAGUUAAGACUUAGGGAUAUUGGCGGCAUUAUUGUGGUAGACUUCAUUGAUAUGGCAGACGAAUCAAAUAAAAGGCUAGUAUAUGAAGAAGUGAAGAAAGCUGUGGAGAGAGACCGUUCUAUGGUGAAAGUAUCUGAAUUGUCCAAGCAUGGACUCAUGGAGAUAACCAGAAAGAGGGUUCGACCUAGUGUCACUUUUAUGAUAAGUGAGCCAUGUACUUGUUGUCAUGCUACUGGGAGAGUUGAAGCUCUUGAGACUUCGUUCUCAAAGAUUGAGCAGGAAAUUUGCCGUUUGGUGGCUGUCAUAAAGCCAAAAGCUGAUCCUGAGGACCCUAAAUCCUGGCCAAGACUUGUAUUAAGGGUUGACAAUCACAUGUGCGAUUACUUGACCUCCGGAAAGAAGACACGGCUUGCAAUUUUGAGCAGUUCUCUUAAAGUUUGGAUUCUUCUGAAGGUUGCUAGAGGUUUCACCCGAGGUGAAUUUGAAGUGAAGCCAUUCGGCAAUGACAACAAGGUGAAUAAGAAUGAGCAUCAGGCUACCAUUCCGAUGCUACGGUCGAAGGAAAGAAGAGCCAAAGAUUCAGGGAAACAGGUGACUAUAAUUCCAGUGAAGAAAUGGAAAACUCGUCGAUAGCACUUGCCUGGAGAAAUUCCCUAUCUUAUAUGCAGACGGAAGUCUAGCCUUCCUGGGUGCAAAGUAGAGGAGGAAAGAGAUCUGUAAUUAAUUCAUUCUUUUCGGAUGACAUCAUGUACCGCGAGCUGAUGCUAAGGGCAGCCAAUGAGAUCAACAUAAUGAAUGUUUGAAGUAAUGGCCAUACCAUGAUGGCGUAUGUGAAGUGAAGUGCGUUGGUCCAUCGAAUCGAUACGGGGAAAGGGUCGGAAUCAUAAGUUAAAAAAAUGUAUAUAUUUUGAUGGAAUUUUUUUAGCAGUUUUGCUCGUCA